UCUCUGUUUACAGAAUCCGAAGCCAGUUGGGAGGAAUGGUGGACCUACGAUGGUAUUUCUGGACCUUCGUUUUGGGGUUUGAUAAAUCCGCAGUGGUCUCUUUGCACCAAAGGAAGGCGGCAGAGUCCCAUCAACAUCGAGCCGGACAAGUUGCUUUUCGAUCGUCACUUGAGACCGGUGCACGUCGACAAACACAGGAUUUCCGGACACUUACAUAAUACUGGGCAAUUCCUGGUAUUCAGAGCAGACAGGGAGGCGAAGAUACGAGUCAAUAUAACGGGUGGUCCUCUCGCCUAUCACUAUCAGUUCGAAGAAAUAUAUAUUCACUACGGAAUGGACGAUGGUCAUGGUUCCGAGCAUCGUAUUAAUAACUAUGCUUUUCCCGCCGAAAUACAAGUCUAUGGCUUUAACGCCGAACUGUAUCACAACAUGAGCGAGGCACAGCAUAAAAGUCAGGGGCUGGUGGCGAUCUCGUUAAUGGUGCAGCUCGGUGAGACGUUAAAUCCCGAACUGCAGAUCAUCACCAGCGUGUUCAACAAGGUCGUAUAUCGAGGGGACACCGCACCCGUGCGCUACCUGUCUCUGAAAAGUCUUCUACCGGACACCACCGGUUACAUGACUUACGAGGGCAGUACAACGCAUCCCGGUUGUUGGGAAACGGCGGUCUGGCUGAUCCUCAACAAACCAAUCUACAUCACGGCGCGAGAGCUGUACGCCCUGAGGAAAUUAAUGCAAGGCCCUUCCAGUACGCCGAAAGCGCCUCUCGGUAACAAUUCCAGACCGCUGCAGGGUCUUCAUUAUAGAACCGUGCGAACAAAUAUCGAUUUUGCCAAGCGGGGAAACGCCAAGUGCCCGUCGAUGGCGCAGGACAUGCAUUAUAGAGAUGACUUUUUCCUUCCAGCCAACACGUGGCGGGACGACGGAUCCCUAUCGCACAACGUAGUCUGAGGGCAUCCCGCGGCAGGACCACAAGAGAGGACUUUUCUUUAAAGGAAUGGAACGAAAUAAGUUCACAUGUGGUGCGAUAAAAAGAAGGAGAAGGAAGGAUGCUGAUGGAAAAAGCUAUAAUUUCUAACGGGAGAAUGAAGAAAUUGUGUCGUGGCUGUGUGAAAAAAAGAUAGAACGUAAAUUUUUGAAUAAGUAAGCCGACGCGAGAUGAGAAUACUCUUUAUUCUCAAAAUGGACACAGUUGUAAUGUAAUCCACUAUGUUAUGCAGAAGUUACAUGUACAUAAUUAUCUGCAAAUUAUAUAAUUACAUAUAAUUUGUAGAUAAGUUUGCCACACACCAAUCGAAUUUUGUUUCAUUCUCCGGAGUAGCGAGGACAAAGUUGCGUGUUGCUACAGCACUAACGUAAUUCUCGUAACACGAGUGAUCAAAGGAGCUUUAAGUGUCUUGUUGGGAUACAGAUUUUCGUUUAAUGCUGUUUGUAAGUUUACGCAUUGAAGAACUCUUAUAACAAGUUAUCAAGGAUG